CGCGCCAGAAAUUUCGGCAAGCUUCGUGAAUUAUAAAAAAAAGGCAAUUAAAAAUUAAUUUUAGGAUCGCAAAUUAGCAAAACCAUGACCGACAAUAAUAAUAAUGAACUGGGAAGGGCCGUGUACCUUGCAGACGACGAGGAAAUGAGUGAUGCUGUAGAGAGAGCCCUGGCGAAAUUGCGCUCUGAAAAUGGUAUGCAAGCAGAUCAUAGCGCAGAUAUGAAGCAGCAGAUAGUGGCUCUGACUACGAAGAAGUACGCCGCUUUGUCCUACAUGAGCCAUGCGAAUGUAGGCCGGAAUCUGCUGUCUGGAUUGCGCGAAUUGAAAGCCAAAAACGCGAGGAUCAUCGAGUAUCUAUCUAAGGUGAUCGAGGCAAAGCACACCGUGGCACGGGCCUAUGAUGAGCACUGCAAGAAGGUUCUCAAGGAAAAGGAGGCACGAAUGGAGCAGAGAGACUACGACGAAUUCACCACGAUGCCCCACCAUGAAUUAAAUCAUCGCAUCGCAGAGAUCAGGAGUAACACGGCCGAGCUUCGGGCAAAGUUGGCCUUAAAAAUCAAGGAGUUCAACGAAAAAAAGGAGCUGUUCAAUGCCACCAAGAAAAGCUUGCUUGCUGAAAUGCGCGCUCUAAGCCAAGUUGAACGAGAUGCCAUGGAUAUAAUUGAAGAACUUAGAUCGGAAAUAGCUAUAAAUACCGCUAUGAGGGCUAUCAAAUAAUUUCAAUGUAUAUCAAUAUAUACUUUAAAAAACGCCAAAGUAGUUAGGACUAGUAUUGGCUCCCUAAUUUCAUUCAUUCGUAUAUGAUAUAUCCACCAACAAAAUAUACUCAAUUUAAAAUGAGUUGCGAUACAUUCUUAUUAAACUUGAAAACAUAUAAAAACCAAAUCAUAUUUUUCGUUGUGACACGUAUAAUAAACAACGUGUUCUAAAAUA